AUGCCCUUCUCCCACCACUCCCACUCUGGUCAAUUCUGCGGCCAUGCAACCAGCACUCUCGAACAAGUCGUCCAACAUGCAAUCGCCAAAAGGAUGACCACCUUCUGUCUAACAGAACACAUCCCUCGCGAGGAAAUCGAUUUCUACCCCGAAGAAUCUUCAUUCCACACCCAAGAAACUCUAACACAACUCUUCGACGACUUCUAUCACGAAGCCCGGCGUCUUCAAAAACUCUACGCAAAUCAAAUUCAACUUCUUGUGGGAUUCGAAAGCGAAUGGAUCCGUCCUUCCUCUUUGAACAUCAUCCAAGAUAUUUUGAAGAAAUACCCCGUGGAUCUCUUCGUGGGAAGUGUCCAUCACGUCCACACCAUCCCCAUAGACUACGACACUCCYCUGUAUCACUCCGCACGAACCAUUGCAGGCGGGACAGACGAGCAAAUCUAUGCCGAUUAUUUCGAUUCUCAGUACGAAAUGUUGCAAGCGCUGAAACCUCCCGUGGUGGGACACUUUGAUCUUAUACGAUUGAAAGGCGAUGAACCGGACAGAAGUUUCAGAACUUGGCCGAAAAUCUGGGGGAAGAUUGAGAGAAACUUGAAGUUUGUGGCUAGUUAUGGUGGGGUGUUGGAGUUGAAUACGAGUAGUUUGAGAAAGGGCAUGAGUGAAGCGUAUCCGCAGAGUGAGAUUUGCAUCGAAUUCAAAGACAUGGGAGGACGUUUCACCUUAUCAGACGACAGUCAUGGCAUAGAGCAUGUCGCUCUAAACUACAAACGAGCUUGGGAGAAUAACGUCCUGCGAGCUGGAUUGCCGGAACUGGUCUGUUUGGCGCCUACGGCGGAUAAGACGAAAGUUCAUGAUGAUCGAUUUCCUGGAGUUUGCUGGGAGAGUUUCCCCGUGGCUGAUCUCGCGGAACACGCGUUCUUCCAGACAUGA